AUGAACCUCGGCCGUGAAGAGGCUGAGUUGGUGCUUUCUCAGAGGAGGAGGCGCCAGGCGGCGGCUGGCGAUCUUCAGGAGGAGUUUGAACUCAGAGAAGGCACCUCCUUACCGCCAUUUUUGGAACGGAUGUUCGAUGGUCUCCCCGAGAUCACCUGCGACGAGAUGUCGGAGGAGGAGUUCCGGGCCAGCUACUUUCGUGCUAAUCGUAAUCCUAGACUGAUCCCCUCGCCGGAGGAAUCCUAUGAUGAUCGCAGGAUCGAGCAGAGUUCUCGUAGUUUUGGAGGGACUGCCGACCAGAGGAGGUCCAGCCGUGCCAUUGAAGAAGGAAGUAACUCCUUGUUCUCUUGGCAACCGGAUUUUGGUAUUUGGCGUGAACGUCAGCGUGAGCGUGAGCUUGCAAUUAGGAAUGCUUUCAAUUCUCAGGGAGAUGGAUUGAUUGGUUUGAGAGUGAGUUUUAUUAAUGAUUUUGAGGUGCAUUUUCACUUCACUUCAUAUAAGUUGAAUGCUUCGGAAGAACUGGCCUCUGGUGCAACUCGUUUGCAAUCUCCAUCAUUCCCCCAAAAUUAUAACCUUUCUGGUCAUCCUAUCAACUCAUCAAACACUUCUGAUAGUACCCGUUUAAGCGGGUUGCAAUCUGGAGGGAGAGCGCAAAAUGCAGCAAGCUUUCUGCCAACAGGGCUUGCUUCCCAUUUAGGAUCUCAGCAUAUGAUGAACACUGUUCCUAAUCAGCUUGCGCCAAGUAGGAAUGCUCAAUAUGGUGAUCUAUUGUCUGCUUUAUCUGGAAUGAAUGUCAGGACAGUCAAUACAUUUGAUGAUCAUGCCACAAUCUUAAGGCAGCAGCAAGAAAUUGAAAGCCGACCGAUACAUGUCGUAAACUCACAGGGCAGUGAGAACCUUGGUGUUCAGCAGCCUGUCUUUAUUAGAAUCGGCACUAUGAACUUUGGCUUGCCUUAUUUCCAACCGUCAGCAAUGCCUACGAAUACUGGGUUCCAGUUGAAUAAUAUGACAAUGAGGCCGGAAGGUCAGGUAGAUCUCCGUGGUGUUCGAGCUCCAUUUCCGGUUCAAUAUCAGAAUGCUAAUGCAGCUUAUGCAACUUUCGGACCCAAUGAAUACAUGGUGAAUCCUGUAGUACCAGCAAUGCCGCCGAAUGUUGUCUGGACAACUAAUGUACCUCAUCAAUUCCAUGGACCCUCUGCUGCUCCGUUGCCUCGUUCUCAUGGUGUCGAAUCUCUUGAUCCUACUGCAUUAGCAGCUGCUUUUUCCUCUGGCCAACCUAUGAAUUAUGCAGCAAGCGCAGCUUCUGCUCAACGUGCUGAACGGGACUACAUGCAAUAUCUGAGAUUGGCUGAUCAUGCAACUCAAAUUGUAGCCAACGCUGGUGAAUCCUCAGUAGCUGAUUCUUAUAAUGAGAUACUCGGCAUUCAGAGAGCUUAUCUUGAAGCACUGAUUCAACCGGAUAGACGGCCAGUUGUGAGGCAGGGUCAGGUUGCAUCCAAUGUUUCUUUAAACCUUUGUGUGCCAAUGCCGGAUGUUGAGAGUCCUUCACCGAGUCCUGGUGUGGAAAACUUGAGUCGAUCUGUUGAUGCUAUUGCCACUACCGAAGAAACUGACCCUAUGGUUCUUUUGGAGGAACUCAAGAAUAGCAAAACCAGGGGUCUUCAGCUUCAUGACAUUCUGGGUCAUGUUAUUGGGUUCUGCACUGAUCAGUAUGGAAGCCGCUUCAUACAGCAGCAACUUGAAAUUUGCACAGCAGAGGAGAUGCAGAUGGUGUUCAACGAAGUCUUGCCCGAAGCACUUGCAUUGAUGAAUGAUGUGUUUGCCAAUUAUGUGAUCCAGAAGUUUUUCGAGUUUGGAACUCACUCUCAGAUAAGAACAUUGGCUGAUAAACUCACUGGACGUGUCUUGGAACUCAGUUUGCAGAUGUACAGUUGUCGAGUUAUUCAGAAGGCUAUUGAACGUACUGAGUUGGACCAGCAAUUGAAAUUGGUACAAGAAUUCAGUGGCCAUGUCAUAGAAUGUGUAUUUGAUCAGAAUGGAAAUCAUGUUAUUCAGAAAUGUAUCGAGUGCAUCCCUUACGACGGAGUCCGAUUUAUGAUCAUAUCUUUCUUUGGUCAAGUUAAGGCAUUGUCUUCCCAUCCAUAUGGCUGCCGUGUUAUACAGAGGGUUUUGGAGAACUGCUCUGAUCCCGACUCCCAUACAAUUGUGAUGGGUGAAAUCAUGGAAAGUGUUAGUGACCUUGCUAAGGACCAGUAUGGCAACUAUGUAAUUCAGCAUGUGCUAGAGUGCGGACAUCCUGAAGAGAGAUCUGCAGUUAUCAGAAAAUUCAUUGGUCAAAUAGUUCCGAUGAGCCAACAGAAGUUCGCUUCCAAUGUUGUUGAGAAGUGUUUUGUUUUCUGUUCUCCUGAAGAGCGUCAAGUUUUGAUCAAUGAGAUACUUGGAGACAAUGAAGACAAUGAACCCCUGCAGGAAAUGAUGAAAGAUCAAUUCGGCAACUAUGUCGUGCAGAAAAUACUGGAAACUGUCGACAAUCAUCAACGACAGCUGAUUUUGUCCCGAAUAAAAGCUCACUAUGACUCACUGAAAAGAUUCACUUUCGGAAAACAUAUAUUCAUCCGGGUCGAAAAAAUUGCUGCAUCUGAAUGUGUAGAGAUGGCUGAAGUUGAUGGCUCACAAGAACAAAUAGAAGAUCAAUGGCAAAUGCAAAGAAGUCCUCACAAUCACCAUGGAAAGAAGUCUAUCAUGUUGAAGGUGAAGGACAAGGCUCUCAAAUGGAGGCAUAUGCUUGCAAAGAAGCAUGGUCACCAUAAAACCAAUGAAGAAGCAACACCGAUACCUUUCGGAGUUCAUGAAGAUAACAAUGGAGGAGAACAGGACCCUGAAUUCCAUGGAGCUCCUAUGUAUGAAUCAGAGAGAUCACCGAAGUUUUACAUUGAGAGAUCAUCGAGGCAAUCACCGAGGAAGCCGAACGUGGAGUUGGAGAUGAAGUAUAUGUUUGAUUCUCAUAAGAAAAGAGAACCACACUUGUGCCACCUUAAUGCUUUCAAAGAGACAUCGACAGAGACGACAACGGCGAAGGAGAUGGUGUUGAAGAUGCUUACACCUGCAUGGACUAAAGUAAAUGAGAUCAAACAAGAAAUCUCAUAUGAUAAAUGUGUUUCUUUGAUGAAGAAUGUAAUGCAUAAAAUGGAACCAAGUGAAGAUGAUAAAGCUCUUUGUGAUGUGCUCACUGAAGCUGCAUUGUCUUACAAUGGAGUUGCAGAGAUUGAGGGAGUUGUAAACAAGUUGAAGAACACUCUGUUUUCUCUACUAGGACUUGACAAACAAUCAGAUGUGCCGAUCCCCACAUCGGCAAAUCCUCACACAGUGCCAGUUGAUGAAAUGGAUUGGAGGAGACAUUGA